AUGAAUCGGAGUAACUUCAUCAACGCAAUAAUUGCUCUUUCUCUUAUUGGACCUGGACUUGGAGGGAACUUCUUUAUGUUUGUAGAGCAUGUGUGCGCGUUUAUUAGAGGUCCUGAGAAGAAAAACAUAAACCUUAUUAUGAUGCACUUGGCUUUCACAAAUGCAAUGAGCCUUUGUGUCAAAGGAAUCUCAGAUGUAAUACCAGUUUUUCAUCUAAGUAACUUCCUAGAUAGUGUUGGUUGUAAAACUGUGAUUUACCUGGGGAGGGUGGCACGGGGCCUUUCAAUCUGUACCACCUGUCUCCUCAGUGUGGUCCAGGCCAUCACCAUUAGUCCUAGGACCACCCCGUGGACAAAACUCAAACUGCGGACUGCAGGACAACUUCUUUUCUGUCUCCUCAUCUUCUGGACCUUUAAUACCCUGACAAGCUGUAACUUGCUCUACUACAUCGCAUCAGUCAAAAACAUGAACAGAUCUGAAGUCAGUCAGCAUAUUGGAUAUUGUUAUCUCCUGCCAUCUACACAAAUUGUUAGGUGGCUUUUCCUUAUUCUGAUGGCUGUUCGAGACAUCGUCUUCCAGAGUCUCAUGGGCUGGAGCAGCGCGUAUAUGGUGGAUUGUCUGUAUACGCAUCAUAAGCGUGUCCUCUACCUUCAAAAUUCCAGGUUGAUUCAGAAAAGCAAAACCAGGCCUGAGAUCAGAGCUACUCAGAGCAUUCUCAUUCUCACGGCCUGUUUCCUUUUCUUUUAUUGGACAGAUUUCAUUUUCUCCUUCUAUUUAGGUUUCUUCUCAACAUUUGAUCCCAUAAUAUUGAAUAUAAAAAUAUUUCUAACACUUGGUUAUGCCAGUCUUAGUCCCUUCGUGUUAAUCAGUAGGAAUUUCCAUGUGGAUAAUUGCUGGCCUGCUCACUGA